CACGCCCUAGCGCUGGGCACCGCCGGGGAGGUGUUCUCCUGGGGCGGCGGCAGGCAUGGGCAGCUGGGCCAUGGGCUGCUGGAGUCUGAGCUGCAGCCGCGGCUGCUGGAGGCGCUGGCCGGGGUGCCCAUGCGGGCGGUGGCGGCGGGCGGGUGGCAUUCUGCCAGCGUUAGCGAGGCAGGAGACCUGUAUGUGUGGGGCUGGAACGAGUCGGGGCAGCUGGCUCUGCCCUCCAAAGCGCUGGCGGAGGGGCGAGCGCAGGAUGAGGACAUGGGCACAGGGAACACCAAGCUGAUGCCCUCCCGGGAGCAGCUGGCUGCUGAGGAUGCUGCAUUCAUCUCCAUCCAGGCGUUCCCGGCACUGCUGGAUCUGCCCCAGGACCUGGAGGUCAGCACGGUCAGCUGUGGUUCCCGACACACAGCCGUGGUCACACGAGGCGGGGAGCUCUACACCUGGGGCUGGGGUAAAUACGGACAGCUGGGACAUGGGAACAACAUCAGCUCUGACCGGGCCCGCCGCGUCGAGCACCUGGUGGCCAAGGGCUUGCGGGUGGAGGAGGUGGUCUGUGGGCCAUGGACCACCUAUAUCCGGGUGCAGGAGCCAUGAGGGCCCCAGGACCCGCAACCCGUGGGUGCUGCCAGAUGGGGGAUGAGGGCAGGCUGUGCUCUGCAGGACCAGCUCCAGGACCACGCUGUCUUCAGGGCCAGGACAGGCAGCCCUGCUGCAGCACAGGGUCGGGCUGAGUUUAGCCCCCAGUGACCUGAUUCACACCCUGGAGGGGGGCUGCAGCUGCGUCAGGACCAGGGACACCCUGAGAUGGGCUGGGUGUGUUUAUUAAAUUCACCUUUCCAUAAGG